AACCGCGCGUGUGUGAAACCAAUCGACAGUCAUGUAAACAAUAAAAAUUUGCAAAGUUUUCUUAUAUAUUUUUUUACGCCAAAUUCUAGACUGAAAACGCCGUCCCUUGUCGUUGUCGCCGUCGUCUUUUUUUUUAUUGCCGACGAAUUGGAAACGCUGCUGCUGUUGAAGGAGAAUACAAAAAAAAAAAAUUUGUUGGCUUUAUUUCACUUUUGUGUGUCCUUUUUGUUCUUCAGUUCUUUUUGUUAAUUUAUUAAUGGCAUCACCACACUUCUAUAAACUUAACGAUUUUUAGCCAUUUUUAUGCGCUGAAUUGUGUGUAAAUUAAAGAAAAGCAUCAAGUUCAGUUUUGUUGUACUCUCACAGGACAUAAUUUAUUUGAAACCUAAAACGUCUAAAUGUGGAAGUGAAUUGAGGAAACAUUGUUAAACCAUCCUCACAAUCAUCUGAACAUACAUACAUACCAUCGCACAUAACAAUUGAUCUCAAAUAAAGUAAAAAAUCAUUCAUUCAUUACAUAACUGACAUUGAUAAUCUUGAAUAAAGAACAAGAGCACACUCGAACUGUGCACAACUAACACUGGCUAAGUAGCAAUAUUUUGCGUCAAGACGUAAAAUGACCGAAAAGAUGGCAGCUCCUCAUUCACAAGAAUUCUGCGUACGGUGGAAUAGCCACUUAGGAAGUUUGGGUGCAGCUUUUCCUCAGCUUCUUGCCGGGCAAAGAUUCGUCGAUGUAACACUUGCCUGUGAAGGCCAUCAGCUGCAUUGUCAUCGACUGGUACUGGCUGCAUGCUCAUCAUAUUUUGAAAGUAUUCUGGCAGAAAAUCCUUGCAAGCAUCCGGUAAUAAUCCUGCCAAGAGACAUCAAACUUUGGGAGAUUCAAGCUUUGGUUGAUUUCAUGUACAAAGGUGAAGUUAAUGUUACACAGGCCGGUUUGCCAAAUCUUCUAAAAUGUGCCGAAUCUCUACGCAUUCGAGGGCUUUAUGGUUCGGAUGCUGCUCUAAAUCUCAAUCAACUGAGGCAAAUGGCCAAAGCAGCUCGAACAGCAAGUGCGUCGGGUACUGCACAAGCAUCACAACAACAGCAAUCGUCAUCAGCGAACAUGGAAAACACAGAAUGCACUGAAGAACAACAAAGCACUGAAUUUUCCGAACAAGCAAAAAUGAAUUCCUUACAAAAUGAAUCGACAACAUCUAACGGACCAUUAGAUGUCAAUCCUAUUCCAAUCGAAAGCCAAGAACAAGUGACUCCUAAUAUAAAUGAUCUUCCUGUAGCAUCCAACUGUAGCACAGCCACUACCAGCAGCUGCAGUAGUAGCAAUACUAGCACCAUCACCGCAUCAGUAUCAAAUCCAGCGAUAGCACUCAACGUCGUCGAACAUGCGAAUUUUAUGAGCCAAGCAAAUAUUAUGAAAUCUGAAAGUGUCGCUACAGAACCCUUCGAUGACUCAACUAUUGCCUACGACAAUUUCGAAGAUUAUCCCAAGCCUGAAGAUGAUACUUAUCCACAGGUAAACGACGAUGAUAGUUUUGCCGGCGAAAAUGAUGAAAGUAUGAUGCUACAAAUGAACAUGGAUAGCCCUAAUAAUACAUACAAGCGUGUCCGAAGAUCUGAAGCUUCUUUAGCUCAAGCAGCCAAGUGCGUUUCGAAAGGACAAACAUUCCAGACUGUCAGCAAUAUGUUUAACAUCCCAGUGUCCACAAUUCGUUUCUAUAUGGCAAGAAAAGGCAUCCUUCCGAAGAGAAAACGCGGUCGCGGUUCUUCAAACAGCGCUGUCAUGACAGGUGCUGUAAUGAGUCAUUCACUUGAUCAUAUUAAGCGUUCAUCCAGUCCUCCAAUGGAGCCACCGUUCCAGUUUGUUGGCUACAAAUUACCAGCGCAUAAACCAAAUUUAAUCUAGUUUAAGUAAAGAAUAUUCAUAAUUAUAUAGGUUUAAAAAAGGCUCUAAUUUGAAGAAUUGAAUGCGAUGCGUAAAGGACAAUGAAUGUAUUUUUUUUUUAUUUUUUUAGAUUUUAACAAAGUAAACAGACUCGAAUGCACAUACAUACAUAUUUUGAAAUAAGGUAUUUUAUAGGAAUUUUAUAUAAAGUAUUCAACAAUUUUUGUUUUAUAUUAUUCAAUAUUCUAUAUACUUUAAUUUAUGCAUAAAUAUUUUUUUCUCAUUAAGAAUAAUUCUUUUAGACCUAUAACAUAAAUGUUAUGUGCACAUAAGGUUUAUGCGUUGCCAUUUUAUUUUUUGUAUGAAAUAUGUUAUUCAUAUUAUGUUCAAAAAUACAUUUUUUUCAUGAUGAACAACCUCCUCAGCAUUAAUUAUUAAAAUAAAACAAAACUUUUAAUCCAACUUAAUGGUCGAUUGUUUACAGAGCUGCAAUUUGCAAUCAUUUUUACAUUUCAAAGUUAUUACAUGUCAUAAUUAAGUUUUUUUAAAACGUCAUAAAGGUAGGGAAAUUAUUUUAAAAUAAAUUUAAAGAUCCGUCGAUGCCUACAUUUAGCAUUUAUUUGCCUUCAGAUAUUGAACAAUCCAAAAAAGUGAAGCUUGACGUCGAUUUUUGAGGCGAACCUAACAGUGGGAUGCGAAUUACUAGUGUGAAGCAGAUACCUGCGAGAGUUAUUUAGCUGUGCUAACAUUGUAUUUAAAGAGUUGUCCGAACAAAUUACGCUACAUGGUUUCUCCCAUUGAAUGACUUAUUCUUAUUCUCACAUUAUUUUAACCUGGGAUGCAAUAAGAAUCUACAAAGCGUAUUACAAAAUUUGACAUUUUAGCCAUGCCCUUGAAUCUUUUAUUUGUCAUUAUUUUAGAAAGCUCUUGUUUUGUUUAUAGGCAAAGGUUUGGAACGAAUUUCAACGGGAUCUAAAAUUAUAGGACUCUUAAUUUAAUAACCUCACCACUAACCUACUGGUUCUUUUCUAAAUCAAAAAUAUUAAAACAUUUAAAAUACUAAAUACGAAAUUUGCUCGAAUAAAACAAAUUAUUGUAUUCGCUGGUCUAUUAAAAAAAGCUACCAUAAUAUUAUUUUCGCUAUACGAAAUACUUACGUAAAAUUCGUUUUAGCAACAAAAUUUAACUUCCCAAUUAGUUUAAACAUAAACGUGCCAUACAAUUAAAAAAAAAAAAAACAGACAACUUUAUAAAAAAGUUCCUUGAAAUUCGGCAUUGCAUCCCUUUUUAAAAAGGACUUCAAUUGUACAUAGCAUAUUUUGAGCACUUAAAUAUAUGGUCUGUCUAGUGGUUAAUUAUAAUUUUGUUGUAUAAAUGUAGUUAUAUUCCUAAAAAGUUUUUUUUUUCGAAAAACAGCAUAAUGUUAACAAAAAAAAAUUAUUUGCAAAAAUUUAAUAAUCAAUCAUUUUAAGUUCAAUCGAAUGCAAUAUUUUUUUUUGUUAAUUUAUCCACUUCUAAAAAAUUAUAAAUCAUUUAUGUACGUAAAUCUAUGUGUAUUUAUUAAAUAGUUUUACGACUUAAAUCCUUUUUUCUGAUAGGUAUUGGAACAUAAAAGCCUGGUUGAAUUUUACGUUAGCCAUUUAUGAAAAUGAAUUAUUUUGCUUCACGAAAACACCUCUGUUUGUCCCAUCUCGAUUUUACUGAAAAAAUGGUGAAAUAAUUUCCAGUAAGUUUUUUUUGCUAUUGGACUCUGUAUAAAAAUUUUGCCGACUGGACUUCGAAUCUUAAGGAAAAACGUAGUUGCAAAACAAUCAGUCCUAUUACGUAAUUCGAAAGGAAUCUCUCAUUAUAUUCAACUCCCUCUAUUGGUCAGCCAACCAUUUUGUUUACAUUCUUUGACAUCUUGAAUUGACCAGCAGGAAUGCACGAAAUGCAUUUAAAAAUUAUAUUUAUCUCAUUGGCGAUGAACAUAAAAAAAAUGUGAUUUUCAUUUGAAUUUUGAUCUCAAUUUCGUAUAAAUCCAAAAAAACUUAAUAAAUUACCCAUAUUGUGAUUGUCAACAAUCAGUUGAUG